AAGUAGAAACUUAUAAACAAAGUGCAUGCGCUGGGGAGAAGAAGUCCUCCGGUCAGGUUCAGGGUCGAUUCUAAACGCGGUCCCGUCGCGCGGUCCCGUCGUUCAGAUCAGUUCGGUCGCGAGUGAGUGUUUUUAAAACGCACGUGUUGAGACUCAGAAGUAGCGGGUGGAAGAUGACGUCCAUACUCCCGCGGAUAGAGCAGCUUUCUGCGCGCGUCGUGCGGAUCCUCGGGUGCAACCCCGGUCCGAUGACGUUACAGGGCACGAACACCUACCUGGUGGGCACGGGGAAACGGCGCGUGCUGAUAGACACAGGAGAGCCCUCGGUCCCGGAGUACGUCGCAUGCCUGCAGCAGGCACUCGCACAGCACAACGCCAGCAUCCAGGAGAUCGUGGUCACGCACUGGCAUCAGGACCACACCGGCGGCAUCACCGACAUCUGCGCCAGCCUUCCUGGAGGUUGGGACCUCCCAGUGAGUAAACUGCCUCGCCGCCCCCCCCAGGAAGAGAGGAUCGGAUCGGAGGACAGGAAGAGAUACACUUACCUCAAGGAUGGAGACUUCAUUCACACAGAGGGAGCCACACUGAGGGUGCUGUAUACUCCUGGACACACAGAUGACCACAUGGUUCUGCUUCUCGACCAGGAGGGGGCGCUGUUCUCCGGCGACUGCAUCCUGGGCGAGGGCACAGCUGUGUUUGAGGACCUGCACGACUACAUGCAGUCACUGAACACACUACUCAACACACACACUGACUGCAUCUACCCAGGUCAUGGGCCAGUAGUGUUGAACGCUGCCUCUAAGAUCAGAGAGUACAUCACACACAGAGAGCAGCGCGAGCGCCAGAUACUACGAGUUCUUCAGGAGGACCCGACACACACACACACCGCUAGCGAGCUGGUCAAGAUCGUCUACAAGGACACACCUGAGCACCUGCACAGGGCAGCAGAGAUGAAUCUGACUCACCAUCUGAGGAAGCUUCAGAAGGAGGGCCACAUCACUGCAGUGGAGAGCAGAUGGAGGAGUAACCUGUGACCUUUGACCUGUGACCUGGAGGAGUGACCUGUGACCUGGAGGAGUAACCUGUGACCUGUGACCUGUGACCUGGAGGAGUAACCUGUGACCGCAGUGCCAGACAGAUAGAAAUAGAAAAUUAAUAGAAAAGCCUUUAUUAUUGUAUUUGGGGACAACAUAUAUCACAACAACAACAUAUAUCACAGCAACAACAACAUAUAACACAACAACAACAAC